UUUCAGUUCUAACUUCUCAGGCAGAUGUCAUAGUCUCUAACUACUCCGUAUAUACAUCUAUAAUUGAAGAAGAAGAAGAAGAAGAAUAAUAAUAAUAAUUGAUGGAAAGUGAUGUUGUGGUGAGGCGCACCCAACCACAACCUUAUGUGGUCGGGUAAGCGAAGGCACGUGUACACAGUGUUGUCUGUCCUCUGUUCUCCUCCAAAGAUAUCUCAAAUUUGCUGGUCUGGAAGGUGUAGGGUUUUUGAAUGAAAAAAUAAAUACAUAAAAUAUUAAUCACCAAUGGCAGACAACCGCAAAUCCGUCCUGAUCACAGGCUGUUCGCCCGGUGGCAUUGGCCAUUCCCUGGCGCAGGAGUUCCACCGCAACGGCCUGCGCGUCUUCGCGACAGCCAGAGAUAAGAGCUCAAUCGCCAACCUAGCGGAACAGGGGAUUGAAACGCUGAGCUUGGUCGUGGAUAAGGAAGAGAGUAGGAAGGCAUGCCGUGAGGAAAUUGAGCUGUUGCUUAAGGGGAAGGGGCUUGAUUAUCUGGUUAAUAAUGCGUAAAGUUGGGUUAAACUACACCGUCCCCGCCUUGGACGUUAAUCUCCAAGAGGUCCGAGAGGUCUUCGAGACAAAUUUCAUCUCGGUCAUUGCAAUGUGCCAGGAAUUCGCCCCCCUGAUCAUAAAAGCCAAGGGCACAAUCGUUCAAGUGGGAUCCGUCGCAGGAAUAAUACCAUACGUCUUUGGCUCUGUUUACAACGCAUCAAAAGCCGCCCUGCACUCAUUCAGUGAUACUUUGCGCGUAGAGCUUGCGCCGUUCGGCGUCCAAGUAACAACCAUAGUAACCGGCGGCGUAAAAUCCAACAUCGCUCGCACCUCCCGCACACUGCCCGAAACCUCCCUCUACCACCCCGUCGCCGCCGAGUACGCCCGCCGCAUCGUCCACAGCCAGGAGGGCGCCGUGUCCAACGAAGCCUACGCGCGCACGGUGGUGACGCAGAUCCUGUAUGGGUCUGCACCGCUGCGGUGGCUGCGGUGGCUGCUCCUGUGGCCGUUUGGGGGCCGCGGGAUUCGCCGGAGUGGUAGGUAUGUGUGGGCGGGCAAUCGAUCGGCACUUAUUUGGCUUUUGAGUGGGGGGUGGGCGUGGUUUGGGGUGUUUCAGAUGGGGAUGUCGAGGAUGUUUAAUUUGUGGAAGUUGAGGAAGUGAGGGGGGGUGGGUGGACUUGUAAGGGGUCUUGUUUCUUUUCGAAUUGCAUGCUUCCUGUGAUGCAUUUCUGUCUCCCUUACUGUAAUCUAUAGUUUACUAGUUAGUUGUCCUUAAAAAUUUGAGUAUUCCUCUUUGGCAAUGUUCAAGGAGGGUGAAAUGGCAAACAACUAGUCGGCGGUUCCCCUUCAUGGACUUCUUUCUUCUCCAUCCGGGCAUAUGCGGUACCUGACUGGGACAGACCCGCGUAUGAUUCUCGGAACAAACAAUUAUGAUAUUUCUGCUAUCCAGAAAAAAAGAAAGAAAAAAGAAAAAAAGAAAAAAAA